GCAUCUCUUAAACGAAGUUCUGAACUUUGAGAAGAUUCUUUAAUAUUCAGUUGAUAUAAUGGAUUUUGACAGGGAUUCUGACACCACAGAUGACAUCUAUGAGGUGGAAAGAAUACUCGAUGAUAGAAAAAAGGAUGGUAAAGUGUUAUUCAAAGUGCGCUGGGAAGGUUAUGGAUCAGAAGAGGACUCUUGGGAACCAAAUGAAAACCUGUUAACUUGUCAGGAACUAGUCAAUAGGUAUUGGGUGGAAAAGAGAGAAUCAAACAAAAAACGUGGCAGGAAGGCGAAACGGCUCAAAGAAAUGGCUGGAGAAGAUAGCGAUACUGACGAAGGAAACCGGAAGGAUCAAAACGACGACAACAGUGAAAUGACUGCACUUCCUGAAAAACGGAAGCGUGGCCGUCCGCCGAAGAACAGAAAGUUGGAAACAGAUAGCGGAGCAGGAACAGAGGAAAGCGAAGGAAUCGCUGCUAAGAGAAAACGUGGACGACCGGCGAAGGAUGAUGAACUUUUUCCACCAUAUGGUCCCUCGGACUAUUUACUUCUGGACUUGGAUGAAAUAGCACCCUUGGGUUUAACUCGUCAAGCUAGCAAAGAAAUAGCUCUUGUUUCUCUUCGGAAGAAGCAAGAAUUUAGUCCUGUGGAGGACUCAAACACGGAGAUCCCAAGUGCUUCGGAUGAAACAUCGUCAAAUACGAAAGAGGAAAGAGAUGAGGAUUCCGAAGGAAAUGAAACUUCCAAUACCAAACUAAAGACAGUUUAUUCAGAGCAGGACGACUUCCAAGUUAUAGAAAUUUCAUCCCAGAGCACAGACGAUGAGCGGGAAAAUUUAUCACAAGAAUCUGAGCCUGUGAUAACGAAAGAGUGCAUUGUGAUCUCCUCGCAAAGUGAUUCUGAGAGUGGAGAGGGAAAUUUACUACUAGAAUUGUCGGGGAAUACAAAGUUAAAGAAUAAAAAGGAGCAAUCGAAUGUCCAGAGUGCUGAAACAGGAAAUAACCUUGGGAAAAAAAGAAGGACAACUAGGAUGAGAGAAUCAUUUUCGGCUGAAAAUCAAAACAAAGCAAAGAAAAGCUACAGUGACUCUUGUGGUGAUAACUUUCCCCCAAUAGAUUUUAAUAUCGAAAGUCGGACGAGAGCUCUACAAGAUGAAAUCGAUAACGGUUCACCUAUCCUGGACGAUAACGAAAUGGUAACUGGAAAAGACUUUGACGAACCAGCGCAUGAAACAGACGUAAAUUCGAACGAAGUGAAGUCAUUGCUUCUUCGAACGGAGAUGUCGUCUAAACUUUCAUUGUCGAGAAUGCGAACGUUAAGGAAGUCCAUAAGAGUGAAGAAUCAAGGCGAUGAGAAGUUGCGUGACCACAAUGAUACCAAAAGAAGCAUGGAUUUGUCGCCAACUCUCGAUGCAAACGGAAAUUCAAGCAAAACGGAUGGUGCGUUGAGUUUGGGAACGUCACAGCCACUUGUCCGAAAUUCUAUCGGCGAAAAUAAUAUUGAAGAGGUGAGUAGAAUGCAACGGGACACUGAAAACUCGGAACAUUCUGCAACGAGAAGGUCACUCGAGGGAGAUGUGUCACAGGUGAAUAAUUUAGGUCGCGUUACUAUGAAACGACGUAGUGACAUGGAAAACCGGAUGAAGGGAAAAGCGAAGAGGACAGAAGGACGUCCUAAAUCAAGAAGAGAGUGUAAAAGGCCGCUGUCGACUGAUAAACCAUCUGUGAUGCACCCAAACUCCAAUGUGGCAGGCAGUUCUGCGGGGGUUGUGAACGAUUUCCAGGGAAAAACAACCGACAAGCGGCACAUUGUCGCUUCCACAGCCGCCGCUGAUUUAUUACCAAUGCAGAAUAAUACGAAGUCGGCUGUUCUGAUGGAUGGAGAUUUGAUCGGUGCUAUUAUUCAGGAUAGUGGCAAAGAUGAUGAAAGUAAAAAUAGGCCAGUGUCAUCAAAACAGAGCAAAGGCGAUGGGAAAACGCAGAAUGUUAAACAAGGUGACGGGGAAAAUGGAAAAAUUUUAGACAGUGGAAUGGAGGACAUUUCAGAGGGAGAAGAUGAUUUAAGUGACUUUGAGUUCGACUUGGAUGACUAUUCGCCCCAUUCUUUCUUUAACGAAGUCGAGGAUGCAAGUGUCAGCGAUAGGGCUCCUUCCCCAGCUGUAGAACCUCUGAAUCUCUCAUGGACCGCCUUGAAACAAGCGAUUCGAGAAGGUAACACUCUACUGGCGAGGCGUGCUCUUGCUGUGCCAGGGUUCAAUCCGGAUACUAUCGACACUGCAUCAGGAAUGACACUACUCAUGUGGGCGGCCACUUGUGGCAAGGAUGACAUCGUAAGGCUUUUAUUAAGGAAAGGAGCCGGCGUGAACACUGACCAGAAAACAACCGGAAUGACAGCACUCAUGCAUGCUGCAGAACAGGGUUUUCCAGAAACCGUGCAAAUCCUGCUGGAGUGUGGGGCCCACAUCAAUUGGCAACAGCCUGCAGGCGAGACAGCACUCAUGAGGGCUUGUAAGAAGGGCCAUGAAGAAGUGGUUGGAGUGUUAUUGAAGCAUGGUGUGGACACAAAAGUUCAGUCAAACUACGAGCAGACCGCUAUACAAAUCGCUGUGAGAAACCAGUAUUUUGAAAUACAAAAUUUGCUCUCGGAACACGAAAAAAGCUUGGAAAGUACUCUACAAGCGGCAUUGGGGAAAUGUUUGGGAUCAGCCGGAACUUUACGGCCCCCCUUGAUAAUGCCGUACCGCUGUAUUGCCCCAGGGGAGAAAGACAGGGAGACCUUCCCUAUCAAAUAUAACUCGAACAAGGCACCUCCAGGCACCAAAGUGGUUUUGUUUUGUGUGAAAACUGAUUUCUACGGUGGUGAAGUGUGUCUGAGUUUUUGCGGCGACAAUGGAGUACGCUCAAUACUGCUAAAUUCAAGCAUACAAUAUCCACUAGUUCAGGGCAACAGAUCUGUGUAUCUUCUGAAUCUUGACAGUGAACUACCAAGCAAUGAACUCAUUGUAGAAACACAUCUAGUGAAGAGCAGACUGAUUGUUUGCGCCGCAAACGUGAGCCCAACCAACGGCGAUAGUUGAUGUACAGCCUAAGAGUGUACAAAUUAAAUGUAAUUCAUAACGGUCAUUUUAUAGCCAAGUAAAUUAUUUAUAGGAAGAGAUAAGAGCGUGCACUUCAAAAGUGAAUAUAUAAUUAUAUAGUUUUUAGUAAAAUUACAUGUCUUAGUGUGAGUCACUGUUA